AUGAGUACUGGCAGUCAAUCCUACGGCCAGCUGGUGCGUCUUCGCGCGCUCAGCCCACCACAGCUACCCGCCCACCCGGAUCUGGCAGCAUUGCAAGCGGGUGCUCCGGCAUUGCCAGACCUAGAUACCUUCAUCACCAGUGUCUUGACUGAAGCCUCGACUUUCAUGACCGAUUAUCUACCACAGAACUUUGCCAUCAAGGACCGCUCAAAGCAGUCUCCGCCCGCAAAGGCUACCGUCCAACUUCUGGCCCACGAGAUUUCUGCUUCCAAAUUGGGUCCUAAUGCACGCGACGAGGCAUGGUUCGCACGUACAAGUCUUCAUGAAAACAAAAAGGAACCAGGCACUGCCAAUUGGGAUGAAUUUGAAGCCGGUCUGCUUGACGACCACAGUCUGCAUGAAUCGCAGUACACACCGGACGUGUUUGAUGCACACAAAGUUCUGUCUUGGGAUUCCAAGCUGGCUGAGAAGCAGGCCACGGUUGGAAGUUGGGAGAAGGUCAGUCUAAACAUCUUUGAGAUGUGUCAUCACAUCCCACCCCCUCUGGACAACCGCGCUUUUCCCGUGCUUGUUGUUACGGCCCGGUCAGCUGGUCCUAAGGAUCCGUCAUUCUUGGUUGUCCAGAUACCGGUUGAUAUCACCAAGCUUGACCAGGCAAUGUACUCGACACACAAGAACAAGUCUUCCGGCGACACUGCCGAGAAGAGGAAACCUGUCACUCUGGGCCAGUACGUCAGUAUCGAGCGUUGUACCAAAAUUGAGGACAUGAACGUAAAGUGGCAAAUGGCGACCGCUUCUGAUGCAAAAGGCAACCUACCAAUGUGGGCACAAAAGAUGGGAAUUCCGUCCGCUGUCAUCAAGGAUGUUGGUUUAUUUAUUGACUGGAAUGGUAAGAGGAGGAAAUGA